CUAGAGACUCUCUGGUCAGAAGUUGUAUAAGGAAAACGUACUCAGGCAGAUAAUUUUGUAAAGGUUUGUUUAACAGGUCUUUGUAUGGAACUUCAGGAGAGGGUGGAUGUGACUGUGUUCACAGAUGUGGACAAAGAGCGCUUCCUGAAGAAGAUCUAUCCUCUGAGAAAGCCAGCAGUACUGAGAGGGGUGCCUCUAGGGCCAUGCCUGGAGAAAUGGACUGUGGAUUACCUAUCAGAGAGGGGAGGUCACCGGGAGGUCAAAAUUCAUGUGUCUUCUCUGCCUCAGAUGGACUUCUUGCAUAAAAAUUUUGUAUACAGGACUUUACCCUUUGCUGAAUUUGUCCAGAGAGCCGCAGCAGUGGAGCAUCCAGAGUUCUUCAUCAGCAAGCAUGAGAGUUACUACCUGAGAUCUUUGGGAGAAGAUGCACGUAAGGAACCUGCUAACCUGAAGAAGCAGUUCCCUGACCUUGCAGAGGAUUUCCACAUUCCUCCGUUCUUCCAGUCGGACCAGUUCUUCUCCAGUGUGUUUCGGAUCAGCUCCUCUGGGCUGCAGUUGUGGACGCACUAUGAUGUGAUGGACAACCUUCUGGCCCAGGUGAGUGGGAGAAAGCGUGUUGUUCUCUACAGCCCUCAGGAUGCACUGCACCUGUACCUGUCUGGUGAUAAAUCUGAGGUCUUGGACAUUGACUCUCCAAACUUGGAGCGAUACCCAGAUUUUGUAAAAGCUUGUCGUUAUGAAUGUGUUCUCGAACCAGGGGACCUGCUGUAUAUUCCAUCCCUAUGGUUCCACAAUACUCUGGCUCUGCAGUUUGGUGUGGGAGUCAAUGUCUUCUGGCGGCACCUUUCGAUGGACAGCUAUGAUAAGAAGGACCCAUAUGGGAAUAAGGACCCCCUGGCAGCUUCAAGAGCUCUGCAGUGUGUUGAGCGAGCUCUAGCUGGGUUGGAGGAGCUGCCGGAAGACUAUCAGGACUUCUACGCCCGCCGUAUGGUGCAGCUCAUUCAAAGCCGGGCAUACGCUGCCCAACCUACACAACCAGCACAAUAAAAAUGACUGUCAUAUCUGUU